ACUUCAAGAAAAGACUCAACAGCUUUACAAAUACGUGUGAAAGCCUCUGGUGGAGUCUAGCUGGGCGCCCUGGGUUUCACGUGGCAGAUGGUCAGGUCUGGGUUUGAGUCUUGGCGUCUCCCUUCUUACCUGUGAUCUUGGGCAGGUCACUGACCCUCCUCUCCUCACCUGGAUUGUAUGAGGCCUGUUUAAAGUUUGUGGCAUACACUAAUUAAGGUGAUGAAGACAGCCCAGAGAGGGGCAGCCACUUGCCUGGAGACACACAGUGCCCUCUCUCUGAUAAGCAUUCAUUUACCCUCUAGGUGCCCACUCCAUGCCCCGCUAUCUGCUGGGGACCUCAGAUGAACACUGCUAUGGGAGCCAGCCUGGGCGCCACUGGCCGAGGGCCCCGCACAGAGAUUGAGGACGAGGACUCCUACCCCCAGGGUGGCUGGGACAUGGUCUUCCUGUUGGCCCUGCUGCUCCUGGGCCUACCAGCCAAUGGGCUGAUGGCGUGGCUGGCCGGAUCGCAGGCCCGGCAUGGAGCAGGCACACGGCUGGCGCUGCUCCUGCUCAGCCUGGCCCUCUCUGACUUCCUGUUCUUGGCAGUGGCGAUCUUUCAGGUCCUGGAGAUCCAGCAAGGAGGGCACUGGCCGCUGGGGACGGCUGCCUGCCGCUUCUACUACUUCCUGUGGGGCGUGUCCUACUCCUCUGGCCUCUUCCUGCUGGCGGCCCUCAGCCUGGACCGCUGCCUGCUGGCACUGUGCCCGCGCUGGUACCCAGGGUGCCGCCCGGCCCGCCUGCCACUCUGGGUGUGCUCGGGGGUCUGGGUGCUAGCCACACUCUUCAGCGUGCCCUGGCUGGUCUUCCCCGAGGCAGCCGUCUGGUGGUACGACCUCGUCAUCUGCCUGGACUUCUGGGACAGCGAGGAGCUGCCGUUGAGGAUGCUGGAGAUCCUGGGGGGCUUCCUGCCAUUUCUCCUGCUGCUGGUCUGCCAUGUGCUCACCCAGGCUGUCGCCUGCCGGCCCUGCCGCCGCCAGCCCAGGCCCCCGGCCUGCCAUGGCUUCGCCCGUGUGGCCAAAACCAUUCUGUCGGCCUAUGUGGUCCUGCGGCUGCCCUACCAGCUGGCGCAGCUGCUGUACCUGGCCUUCCUGUGGGACAUCUACCCCGGCUACCUGCUAUGGGAGGCCCUGGUCUACUCUGACUAUCUGAUCCUACUCAACAGCUGCCUCAGUCCCUUCCUCUGCCUCAUGGCCAGCGCCGACCUCCGCGCCCUGCUGCGUGCCAUACUCUCCUCCUUCGCAGCGGCGCUGUGUGAGGAGCGGCCCGGCAGCGUUACACCGGCCGAGCCACAGACCCCAGUGGACUCUGAGGGUCAGACGCUGCCAGGGCCCACGGCUGAGGCCCAGCCACAGCCGAACGCCACAGGCCAGCCACAGGCAGAUCCCACGGCCCAGCCACAGCUGGAUUCUGUGGCUCAGCCUCAGCUGAAUCCCAUGGCCCAGCUGCAGGCGAACCCUGACACCCAGCGGCAGGUGACUCCUGAGGCCCGGACCCCUGGUCCUGAUGCCAGCUCAGCAGCCAGCACCGGUGAUGAGACCUGUCCUGCCCCAUCCACCCCAGGGGGCCCUGAGACUUCAGCCAUGCUUGCUGCCUCUGAGGGAGAACGCCCUGGCAGUGCCCCCCCAGAGGAGGCCCCCAGCGCAGGGCCCACGUGAGGGCUUAGGAAAGCCCAGGUCACCAGGGCAGUGAAGAGCCAGAGGGAGACAGAGAACAGCCGGCCACUGGAGACAAGGCCGUGGAUGACGUCACUGUGGAAAACCCCACUGAGUCUCUGGGCCUGGGAGAAGGACUUGGGGAAGUGAAACCAAGGCAGCCAAAAGUCCCAGACAGCCUGGGGUGAGAGUCUCCUGUCCUGGCCCCCCAGGCUCUUCCCUAGUUGCCCCCAACAAACCCCUUCGCCCAACAGCCCCUGAACCACAGCUGACAGUAUCCUACUGGGUUCCGCCCUCCAGCACCCUAGACCCCAUUGGCAGUUUCCCCCUUAGCCGGAUCCUGCAGCAGGAAGAUAGAGAGGAAGGACUUCCCCUGGGCUUAACCUGACCUCCUUUCAUCCUUCCUUCCUCCCCUUCCUCCCCAUCUGUGCUCCAGACUGAGCACAAGGAGACUAAACUAGAAAAUCUCUGCAGAGAAGAGAGACAGCCCUUCUCAGCUCCAAACAGGAGCCUGAGGCCCUAGUGGUCCACAAGCUGAGCUGGUAUGCUCAAACCCUCUCCACCAGCUCCCUACCCCUGGUGAGACUGGGGCGGGACUUCCCUCAGCAAGGUGGCUGGGAGCAAAGGCAAGAGCUACCAGGUCUGGAUUCAAAUCCGGCUCUGCCACAUCCUUGCUGGGUCACUGUGGGCAAGCUCCUUCACCUUCUGAGCUCCUGUUUCUGCAUCUGCAAAGUGGGCUGUUGUGAGGAUAAAUGAGAACAUGCGAGAGGCGCCCAAGAAGAGCCCAGCAUGGGGGACGGGGGGCUCAGUGAACAGCUGACUCUUCCAUCUUCAUCGGCACACAGGGCUGCCCUUCAGGGACUGAAGAAGGGACGGGCUGGGGGAGAUGGCCAGGAGAGCCAUCACCAGCCUGAGCAUCUGGGAUCCUGUGAACUUCAGGACAGAUCACCUGUGCCCA